AAUUGUGGAAAGAUUCUUCCCACUUGGAAAUAGCCUAUUCCACCCUGGACAUCUGCUGGCUGAGGUUCCAGUAGCCAGAGAGGAGAGACAAGCUUCCACCCGCAGCUCCUGAAAUCUCUCAGUUUCCAGAGGGGGAGUCUUCAAGGAGGCUGCACUGAAAGUUGGUCGCUGCAUUUUUUUGGAGUCGAUUUAGGCUGAUUCAUGUACUGCUGACCCAAAAGGCUAACCAUGAAGAUAGGGCUAACACUAGCCACGGCUGCCCUUGUGGCAGUCCUUCUCUCCUCCGUAGAAGCCCAAGUGGAACCCCCCUCAGAUCUGAAAUUUAAAAUUCUAAAUGAAAACACAGUGCAAAUGUCUUGGACCAGCCCAUCGUCCAGUAUAACGGGCUACAGAUUACAAGUUAUAUCAAAUACAGAUGAACCAAGUAGAGACUAUAGUCUGCCCUAUACGUCUACUCAGACUUCGAUCAGCGAUCUGACCCCUGAUGUGGACUACUCUGUGUCCAUCAACUCCUACCAUGGCUCAGAGGAGAGUAUCAACAUAUUCGGGCAACUCACCAUCCAGUCCAGUAACACAAGUGGACGGGUCAAGAAGCCACAGACAGAUGCAAUCAAGUGCUCUGUCAGCGCCCUCACCGACCUGGUGUUCCUGGUGGACGGCUCAUGGAGCGUGGGCCGGGAAAACUUCAAGCACAUCCGCAGCUUCAUCGGCGCCAUGGCGGGCGCCUUUGAAAUCGGCGAGGACAAGACCCGCGUGGGCAUCGUCCAGUACAGCUCCGACACCCGCACCGAGUUCCCCCUCACCCGCUACGCCCGCAGGGGAGACCUCCUGAACGCCAUCAGCACCUUGCCUUACAAGGGAGGAAACACAAUGACAGGUGAUGCCAUUGAGUACCUACUGAACAACACCUUUACUGAGGCCGCCGGUGCCAGGAAAGCUUUCCCCAAGGUAGCCAUGAUCAUCACCGAUGGAAAGUCACAGGAUCCAGUGGAGGAGCAUGCCAAACGACUAAGGAACAUUGGCGUGGAAAUAUUUGUUCUAGGCAUCAAAGGAGCUGAUGAGGAUGAGCUCAAGGAAAUGGGAUCCACUCCUCACAGCAAACACGUGUACAAUGUACCCAACUUUGACUUAAUCAAAGAGGUGCAGAAGAAGAUCAUCAUGGAAGUGUGCGCUGGCGUUGAUGACCAGCUCAAUUCUCUGGUUAGCGGAGAGGAAAUGGUGGAGCCGGCCUCUAACCUGCAGGUGACAGAGAUUGCCUCAAAGUCGAUGAGGAUCACCUGGGACUUGUCUGUAGGCGACGUCUCCGGCUACAAACUCACCCUCACCCCCAUGCUGCCCGGCAUGAAACGCCAGGAGCUGUACACGGGAGCCACGCAAUCCAACAUCAACGUCCGCGACCUAUCUCCAGAGACCGAGUACGAGAUCAGCCUGUACGCCCUCAAAGGUCUGGUCCCCAGUGAACCUGUCAUGGCCAUGGAGAAGACCCAGCCGGUCAAGGUGUCCACAGAAUGCUCACUGGGAGUGGAUGUCCAGGCUGACGUGGUCAUCUUGGUUGAUGGCUCUUACAGUAUUGGAUUAAAAAACUUUGCCAAGGUCCGCGGUUUCCUCGAGGUACUGGUCAACUCCUUUGACGUUGGUGCCCACAAGGUCCAGCUCAGCUUGGUCCAGUACAGCCGUGACCCCCACACAGAGUUUGCCCUCAACACCCACCACGACAUCAACGCUGUGGUCAAAGCCGUACGCGCCUUCCCCUACCGCGGAGGCUCCACCAACACAGGCAAAGCCAUGACCUACGUCAGGGAGAGGAUCUUCAUCCAAAGCCGCGGCGCACGUCAGAACGUCCCUCGCGUCAUGGUGCUGAUCACGGACGGGAAGUCUUCGGACUCCUUCAAGGACCCGGCGACCAAGCUGAGAAACACUGAUGUGGAGAUCUUUGCAGUGGGUGUCAAGGACGCCGUCAGAUCCGAGCUGGAGGCCAUUGCCAAUCCCCCGUCAGCCUCUCAUGUCUUUGAGGUGGAGGACUUUGACGCCUUCCAGAGAAUCUCCAAGGAGCUCACUCAGUCCAUUUGCCUGAGGAUUGAGCAAGAGUUGCUCAACAUCAAGAAAAGGAGUCUUCUCCCACCCCAGGACUUGGUGUUCUCGGAGGUGACCUCCAGAAGCUUCCGUACUUCCUGGACAGCCGCCACCACCAGUGCCUUGUCCUACCUGGUGCGCUUCCGCAAGGCUGAAGACAACACCGGAGACUACAUUUCCUUGGCGGUGCCCGCCGACACAACGACUGCCAUCCUGCCCCACCUCUUCCCGCUCACCACCUACGAGGUCAACGUCUUUGCGCAAUACGAAAAAGGGGACAGUUUCCCGUUGACGGGUGAAGAGACCACUCUAGAAGAACAAGGAACCGUACGUGACCUAGAGGUGACGGAAGAGACAACAGAUAGUUUCAGGGUGUCGUGGCAGGCGGCGCCGGGUUCGGUGAUCCGGUACCACCUGACUUAUGUUCCCCGGAGCGGGGUGGGAGAGCUGCUGCAGACAAUGACAAGUGGACCUGAGACCACCAUCGUUCUUCAGGAGCUGUUGCCCAUCACGACCUACCGAGUGUCUGUGUCUGCUGAGUAUUCCGCUGGCACCGGGCAGGCGAACCAGGUGGACGGGACCACCAAGGAAGUGCGUGGAUCGCCCCGGGACCUUCGUGUCUUCGACGAGACCAUAUCCACAAUGAAAAUGUCAUGGGGGGCCGCCCCGGGAAAUGUCCACCAAUACCUAAUCCUUUAUAAAGCCGCGGAGGGAGGCGAGUUGAUGGAGAUGACCGUCAAUGGAGACACCACAGAGGCUUUGCUCACAAACCUCCAACCGACCACAGAGUAUGAGCUCUUCGUGACCGCCAGCUACUUUUCUGGUCCAGGCGAACCUCUUCUGGGCACAGGCACUACGUUGGAAGAACUGGGCUCGCCUAAAGACUUGGUCACCAGCGACGUCACCGACACCAGCUUCGCCGUGCGCUGGACCGCCGCACCGGGCAACGUGCGCCAGUACCGGCUCCGGUGGAAGUCCAUGUUCAGCGACGAGACCGGCGAGAAGACGGUGGGCGGGGACACCACAGACACCGUUCUGGAGGGUCUCACCCCGGAGACACUCUACCAGGUCUCGGUGUUUGCGGCCUACGGUCGCGGAGAGGGAGAGCCUCUGGUGGGAGAGGAGACCACAGAUGUCUCGGCCGCCGGCAAGAUGAUCGUCGUAUCGGAGGAGACGGAGAAGAGCAUGAAGGUCGACUGGCAGCCGGCGCCGGGCAACGUGGUCAACUACCGCGUGACCUACAGGCCCCGGCAGGGCGGGCGCCAGCUGGCCGCCAAGGUGCCCGGCGGCGGAGCCACCACCACCGUCCUGCGUAGGCUGACCCCCCUGACCACCUACGACAUCACCGUCAUCCCCGUCUACCGCGCGGGGGAGGGCAAGGCCAGGGAGGGAGAUGGAACCACACUGUCUCCUUACAAGGGGCCCAGGAACCUCCAGACCUCUGAGCCGGGCAAGACCAGUUUCCGGGUGACCUGGGACCACGCUCCCGGGGAUGUGAAGGGCUACAAAGUCACAUUCCACCCCUCAGGAGACGACAUCGACCUGGGAGAGCUCCAAGUGGGCCCCUAUGACAACACAGUGGUGCUGGAGGAAUUAAGAGCGGGAACCAAGUACUCCGUCAGUGUGUUUGGGAUGUUUGACGGUGGAGAGAGCAUGCCAUUGGCUGGGGAGGAGAAAACCACUCUCUCUGACGCACCUGGGCCCCCCGCCUACCAACCCACAGACGUGAGGUGUAAGACCAAGGCUCAGGCCGACAUCGUGAUCCUGGUGGACGGCUCCUGGAGUAUCGGACGUCUCAACUUCAAAACCAUCCGAGCCUUCAUCGCCCGUAUGGUCGGGGUGUUCGACAUCGGGUCUGAGAGGGUCCAGAUCGGUCUGGCCCAGUACAGUGGAGACCCCAAAACUGAGUGGCAUCUGAACACUCACGAUAACCGGGACUCGCUGCUGGAGGCUAUUGCUAACCUACCGUACAAGGGAGGAAACACCAUGACCGGUCUCGCUCUGAACUACAUCCUCCAGAACAACUUCAAGGACAACGUGGGGAUGCGCACCAAGGCCCGUAAGAUAGGUGUUCUGGUGACUGACGGCAAGUCCCAGGAUGACAUCAUCGCAAACUCUGCGAACCUGCGGGAUCAAGGCAUUGAGUUGUACGCCAUCGGUGUGAAGAACGCUGAUGAGAACGAGCUGAGGUCCAUCGCCUCCGACCCGGAUGAUAUCCACAUGUACAACGUUAAAGACUUCUCCUUCCUUCUGGACAUCGUGGACCGCGUUACGGACAACCUCUGCAACAGUGUCAAGGGAUCAGGGGACGCCCCCGAGGCCCCCACAGACCUGGUGACCUCCGAGGUGACCCACUACUCCUUCAGAGCCACCUGGAUGGCCCCUUCCAGCCCAGUGGAGAAGUUCCGUGUGGAGUACGUGGACGUGUCCGGACGCCCACAACAGGUGUUUGUUGACGGCAGCCAGAACACCGUGGUUCUGCAGAGCCUCAACCCUUUGACCGAAUACCAGGUCAGCGUGUACUCUGUGAUCGGAGAGGAGAGCAGCGAGCCACUCAGAGGGGCGGAGACCACGUUGCCCCUGAGCGCCGUGACUCGGAUGACCAUCUACGACGAGCAGGUGACCACCAUGCGGGUGAGAUGGGAGAAGGCGUUGGGGGCCACGGGAUACAUGCUGCUCUACAGCACCAUCAACGCCACCCAGCCGGCCAGGGAGCUGGAGAUGCGAGUGGGAGGGGAGACGACGGAGGUCCAGCUGGACAACUUGUAUCCCAACACUGCCUACACGCUGUCCCUCUUCGCCCUGCACGGGGAGCUGGCCAGCGAGCCCCUCACCGACCAGGGAGUCACCCGACCCAGGCCACCCUCUGGGAAGCUGAGGGUGCGAGACGUGACCCACAGCACCCUGUGGCUCGACUGGGACGCCGCGCCCGGGCCCGUCAUUAAGUACCUCGUGACCUACCAGCCCGAUAACGGAGAGGCCAAAGAGCUGGAAGUGGACGGAGGUGUUACCACCAGGCAGCUGGACAACCUGAUCUCCCAGACCGAGUAUGCGAUUGCGGUCACUCCCGUGUAUGCCGAGGGACCUGCCGAGCCCAUGCUGGGAGAGGCCAUCACCGAUGUGGUUCCUGCCCCUAAGAACCUGCGGUUCUCUGAGGUUACUCAGACGAGCUUCAAGGCCCACUGGGACCACGGAGCCCCUGAUGUAGCGCUGUACCGUAUUGGCUGGUCCAAGAAAGGAGACGGCGAACCCAAAUUCGCCAUCUUGAACAACGAUGAAACCACCCAUCUGCUGGAGAACCUGGAGCCGGACACGCCCUACGUCGUGUCUGUUACCGCCAUCUACCCCGAUGAAUCUGAGAGCGAGGACCUCCUGGGAACAGAGCGCACACUGCCCAAGAAAAUGGUUGGAUUAUCCCCCGACCCCCCCACCAACCUGGUUGUGUUCGACGAGACCACCACCACGCUGAACGCCAGGUGGAACCCUGCGGGGGGCCGUGUCCAGAACUACAAGAUCACCUACGUCCCCACGGCUGGGGGCCGGAGCCAGACGACCCAGGUUGGAGGAAAGAAGACCACAGUCCUACUGCCCAAGCUCACCCCCAACACAGAGUAUUCCAUCACCGUGGCCGCAGUGUAUGCCCGCGGGGCCGGCGGUGAACUCACCGGCCUCGGCACGACCAAGCCCCUGGGUGGCGUGAGGAACCUGCGUGUGACCGACCCCACCACCAGCACCCUGAACGUCAACUGGGAGGCCGCCGAGGGCAACGUGCGCCAGUACAAGAUCUACUACGUGCCCGCCGCCGGAGGUGUGGAGGAGACGGCCCAGGUGCCUGGAAGUACCUACAACACUGUCCUGAAGAACCUGGAUUCGGGUACCCUCUAUACCGUGACCCUGGUGCCCAUCUUCUCCAACGGAGAAGGACAACGCAUGUCUGAGGAUGGGAAGACACUGGAGCGCAGUGCUGUGAAGAACAUCCAUGUGUUCAACCCCACCACCAACACUCUGAACGUGCGCUGGGAGGCCGCCUUGGGUCCCGUCCAGCAGUACCGUGUGGUCUACGCCCCCUUGGCCGGCGGGCCAUCCGAGUCGGUCCUAGUGCCGGGGGGGACCACCGAGACCAUGCUGCAGCAGCUGCUGCCGAACACGCCGUACAACGUGGGCGUGGUGCCCCUGUACGAGGACGGGGAGGGGCCCGCGGCCAGCGACGAGGACCCACCUGCUGUUCCCCGUAGCGCCCCCCGGAACAUGCGGGUCUACGACCCCACCACCAGCACCUUGUCUGUGUCCUGGGAGCACGCACUGGGGCCCGUGGUCCAGUACGUCAUCACCUACGCCCCCACCACCGGAGACCCCAUCGAGGAGCAUGCAACGGUUCAAGGAAACGUGAACAACCUGAUCCUGGAGAACCUGGAUCCCGACACGCCCUACAACAUCAAGGUGACCGCCAUCUACUCCGACGGUCCCGGGGGAGAGCUGGAGGGAGACGGACGCACAGUUGGUAUGCUGGGGCCCAGGAACCUGCAGGUGUCGGACGAGUGGUACACCCGUUUCAGGGUGUCUUGGGACCCCGCGCCAUCCAAGGUCAACGGCUACAAACUGGUCUACCAACCCGAAGGUUCCGACGAGUCCCUGGAAGUGUCUGUUGGCGACGUCACCUCCCAUCAGCUGCAGAACCUGCAGCCCGGGACCACCUAUGACCUGAAGGUUCUGGCCCUGUACAACAGCGGCAUGAGCGGGCCUCUACUCGGCCAAGGCACCACACUGUACUUGAAUGUGACGGACCUGACCACCUACAACGUUGGCUAUGACUCGUUCUGCAUCCGCUGGGCCCCCCACCGCGCCGCCACCUCCUACAGACUGGAAGUGAAGCCUUUCGACCCCUCCAACGGCGGAGCCCAGGUGACCACGGUGCAGGGCUCGGCGAGAGACUACUGCUUCAAGGGCCUGACGCCCGAUGCCCUCUACAACGCCACAGUCUACACCCAGACCACCAACAUGGAGGGCCCUGGAGUCAGCGUCAAGGAGCGCACACUGGUCCGAACGACCGUGGCACCCACCGAGCCUCCCACGCCUCCUCCCCCCCCCACCAUUCCCUCUGCCCUGGAUGUCUGCAACGGUGCCAAGGCUGACCUGGUCUUCCUCAUCGACGGCUCCUGGAGUAUCGGAGACGAGAGCUUCAACAAAGUCAUCCAGUUUGUCUUCAGCAUGACGGGAGCCUUCGAUGUCAUCAGCGCCAAAGGCAUGCAGGUUUCAUUCGUGCAGUACAGCGACGACGCAAAGACAGAGUUCAAGCUUAACAGCUACCAUGACAAGGGCAUGGUGCUGUCGGCCCUGCACAUGGUCCGCUACAGGGGAGGAAACACCAAGACCGGAGUGGCGCUGAAGCACGUGUACGAGAAGGUGUUCAACACCGAGGGGGGCAUGCGCAGGAACGUCCCCAAGGUACUGGUGGUGGUGACGGACGGACGCUCCCAGGACGAGGUCAAGAAGGAAGCAGAGAAGCUGCAGCACUCCGGCUACAGUGUGUUUGUGGUCGGGGUGGCCGACGUUGACCAGACGGAGCUCAGGAACAUCGGCAGCAAGCCCAGCGAGAGGCACGUGUUUGUGGUGGACGACUUUGACGCGUUCGCAAAGAUCCAGGACAACCUGAUCACCUUCAUCUGCGAGACAGCCACCUCCACUUGUCCCCUGAUCUACAUGAACGGCUUCACCACACCUGGCUUUAGGAUGCUGGAGGCCUUCAACAUUACAGACAAGACCUUUGCAGGCAUGAACGGUGUGUCCAUGGAAACGGGCUCCUUCAACAGCUUCAUUGCCUACAGGCUCCAUAAAGACUCCUUCAUUAGCCAGCCUACCAAGGAGAUCCACCCAGAAGGUCUUCCCCCAGCCUACACCAUCAUCCUGCUCUUCCGCCUGCUCCCUGACACGCCCACGGAAGCCUUUGAUAUCUGGCAGAUCGCCGACCGCAACAACAACCCUGAGGUCGGGGUCACCGUUAACCCCUCCAGCAAAACCAUCACCUUCUACAACAAGGACACCCGCGGGGAGAUCCAGAAAACUGUGUUUAACGACCCCAAAGUCAAGGAAGUUUUCCACGGCAGCUUCCACAAGCUGCACAUCAGCAUCUCCCCCGAGAAGGUCAAGCUGAACGUGGACUGUCAGGAGGUGGCAGAGAAACCCAUCAAGGCGGCCAACAACAUCACGCUGGAGGGCUACGAAGUGCUCGGCAAGAUGAGCAAGUCUGGGGGUGGAAAGAAGCAAUCGGCAACAUUCCAGCUCCAGAUGUUCGAUAUUGUGUGCAGCCUGAGCUGGACGACCCGAGACAAGUGCUGUGAUCUGCCCGCCACGAGAGAAGAGGCCAAGUGUCCGGCCCUUCCCCACUCCUGCACAUGUACCCAGGACAGCAUCGGCCCCCAGGGCCCCUCAGGCCCUUCGGGGAGCCCAGGUACCAAGGGGCCGAGAGGAGAGAGAGGAGACAGCGGCCCUGCUGGUGGAUUCGGCCCCCGUGGUGAAGCAGGACCCGCCGGCCCCCUUGGCCCGCCAGGCCCACAAGGCCCCAACGGCCUCUCUCUUCCUGGGGAACCCGGUCGCCAAGGACCAAAGGGAGACUCCGGAGACCCAGGCCAGCCUGGCCGUCAAGGUUCUUCUGGUCCUUCUGGUCCCAUGGGCCCCGUCGGACAAGCCGGAGGCCGGGGACCACCAGGAAAGGAGGGAUCAUCUGGACCCAGAGGCCCACAAGGCCCCAUGGGAAAUCCUGGAAAUCAAGGAGUGCAGGGAGUUUCAGGGAAGCCAGGAAAACAGGGAGACACAGGAAACCCAGGAUCCGCUGGCAUUAAAGGAGAAAAGGGAGACAGGGGAGACUUUGCAUCCCAAAACAUGAUGCGCUCCAUCGCCAGACAAGUCUGUGAACAGCUCGUCAACAGCCAGAUGAGCAGAAUCAACCAGAUGCUCAACCAGAUCCCGUCCAGUUACCGUAGCAGCUCGGCCGGCCCACCCGGCCCUGCCGGCCCUCCCGGAAAUGAGGGUUCUCGCGGAGAGCCCGGACAGACAGGCCGACCCGGGUUCCCUGGAACACCAGGUCUACCCGGAAACAACGGAGAACCAGGUUUGGCAGGAGAGAAGGGAGAGAGAGGAAACCCAGGCACAGGCACCAGAGGACAAAGAGGAGGAAAUGGACCACCAGGGCCCCCAGGGGAGUCCAGGACAGGACCCCCAGGGCCCAGCGGCACUGCCGGGCCUCGCGGCCCACCCGGUCGCCAGGGUGCCUCCGGAGUGAGGGGCCCGCCUGGCCCCCCUGGCUACUGCGACUCCUCCCAGUGCGUGGGGAUCCCCUACAACGGACAAGGAUACACAGCCAACCACUACGAGCCUGAACCUGCGGUAGUGUCAAUACCUGUGGAGCAGGAAGAAGAUUAUGAUUCAGAACUAUCACCUGGAAACCAACGAAGAAAAAGGUCACUACCCAGGGACGUAGUAUAGUCUCCAUAACAGACACACUAACACACACACACGCACACAAACACACACAUAUGCACACACAGAUCUAAAAAAGAAAAGUGUUCUAUUGAAGGAAUAGCCCAUAAUUAUUUCUGCAGUUUUAUUCAGUCAAACGAAAUGUACAGGUUACAUGGCCUUGGCUUUAUCACACAUGUUUGUCAACGUGAGGAAGGUUAGAUGAGUACAAAAUAAGAUGUUUUGAUUUGCAAACCUGUGUGUUUGGUUUUACUUUAAGUGUCUCGCUUGUUAUAUAAGAGCAUCAAAUGUUCAAUGGAGUCCAACAUGUAAUGCCCUAUACUUGCCUAAAAUAAAUUAAGAAUACGUUUGCUAAUUUACAAUUUAAAACUAGUCAGAUGAUGCGUAUUAAGAACAUUCAAUAUUAACAUAUUUUUUGUUUGUCAAAAUCAGAAAGGUGUUACUAUAUGUUUUCUGUCCCCUUCGAUCUUCAUUUUAGUACACCCUACCAUAAAUUGUUAAUUGUGGCUUUUUAUAAGUCAAUGUUUAUCAGAUUUUUUCUUUUUUUGUUACCAAAGGUGGAAUUGCAUGUGUGUGUUGUAUAUUUAGUGAGGAUUACCAAAUCAGAAUAUAGUUGUAGUUUUUGCACCAAUGCAGUUGUAUUUGCUUGCAAGGCUAUGGAUAUAGAAUUGCUUUUCUCACAUUUUUACUGCACAGGUGUGAAUUCCACAACCUUAUUUUCUUAUUUAUUUCUGAAACAGAAGAGGCAUUUUUCAAUAAAACUACUGAAAAUGUAGAACAA